CAUUUCAUUUCACUUUUCAUCUCUCUCAUCACUCUCUCUCUCUCUCUCUCUCUCUCUAAUUUGUUAUCCGCCAUGGUUUCUGCAGAACUAGCUCGCACAGCAGUCGGUAUCAUCGGAAAUGCCAUUGCUCUCAUCUUGUUCUUAUCUCCUGUGCCAACAUUCAUCCAGAUCGUGAAGAAAGGGGCAGUGGAGCAGUUCUCACCGGUACCGUACCUCGCGACGUUUGUGAACUGCGGGAUAUGGGUGUUGUACGGGCUGCCAAUGGUGCAUCCAAACAGCUUACUGGUCAUCACAAUCAACGGUGCGGGUUUGUUCAUCGAGACCGUUUAUCUGCUCAUGUUCUUGAUUUACUCUGCCCGGAAGCAGAGGAUCAAGGUGCUGCUCAUAUUGCUGGCUGAAAUAGUGUUUGUUGGGGUUUUAUCUGCUCUGGUGUUGACUGUGGCUCAUACGACUAAGGUUCGGUCGAAUAUUGUUGGUAGCAUUGCGAUUGUUGGGAAUAUUAUGAUGUAUGCAGCUCCGUUAUCCGUUAUGAAACUUGUGAUCACGACCAAAAGCGUGGAGUAUAUGCCGUUUUUCCUGUCUUUGUUUUCGACGCUCAAUGGUAUCAGCUGGACCAUAUACGCACUCAUUCGCUUCGAUCCAUACAUUGUUAUACCUAAUGGGCUUGGAUCACUAUUGGGGAUAUGCCAGUUGGUACUGUAUGCCACCUUUUAUAAGUCUACACAACGACAAUUGGCUGAGAGAAAGGCAGGUGGGGAAAUGGGCUUAGCUGAGAUGGGCCAAGCAGUGGGCCCUUCAAAGAAAUCUAAUGUGGUCCAUAAUGAACAUGCUUGAUGAGUUGAUGACUUGAUGUGCUGUUAUAGUAGUAUAUGUUACAUAUAGGCAUAAUGGUCAAGAUUAUGAAAAUGAAUAUGUUUUAGCGUUUAGAUUCUAGAGGAUGAUGUGGGAUAUAUAUGUUAUUCAAAUCACCCAUGUUUAGAAAAUAUGUACCUGUCUUUUCUUUUUAUAAAUGUUAAUGAGGGUCUUUCGUUUAAA